AUCCCUACAAGCACAUUUUAUGGAAGAAGGAAAGGUUCAUGCCUGUGUUGGAAGAAUGCAGAAUUCGAGAUGAUGGCACACUAAUGACACGUAAUGAUUGGAGCCCACAGCAGUAUUUCCAGCAGUACAUUGAUAAAAAACUAAUUCAGGACUUGUCCUUCUUCACCAACCAGCGUAUGGUACGGGAUUCAGGGUGUAGUUUAAACACAACACCAGAGGAGAUCAAUACCUUUUUAGGAAUCUCUGUGUACAUGGCAUGCCUUGGAUAUCCGAGAAUUAGAAUGUACUGGGCUGCCAAAACAAGAGUCGCAAUUAUAGCUGAUUCCAUGACACGUGAUCGUUUCUACAAGAUCAGGUCCUCGCUGAAAAUGGUUGACGAUCUCAGUGUGCCAGAAAGCGAAAAGAAAAAGGAUCCCCUGUGGAAAGUCAGACCAGUUCUAAAGAGGGUCCUCCAAGGUUGCCUCAAUCUGCCCAGGCCAACAAAGGUCUGUAUUGAUGAACAGAUCGUUCCAUUCACUGGCCAAUGUCCAGUUCGUCAGUUUGUACCUGGAAAGCCAAAUCCAACAGGAUUAAAAGUGUUUGUUCUUGCAAGUCCAGGUGGUUUAGUGCUUGAUUUUGAAACCUACAUGGGAAAGAACACCUUCACUCAAGUCCAACAGAUGGGAAUAAGUGGAAAUGCAGUCUUGCGUUUAACAGAGACACUUCCUAGAGGAUCACUAGUCUACUUUGACCGGUAUUUUACCACCAUCAGUCUUCUGGAUGCUCUUAAAGAAAGGGGCCUUCUAGGUACAGGAACAAUUCAAAAGAAUCGAAUCCCAAAAGAGUGCCACUUCACUGCUGACAACAUCCUGAGCUCAAAACCAAGAGGUUCGUCAGAAAUGAUUGUACGGAGACCUCAUGAAAUAGCAGUCACCAAGUGGAUGGACAACAAGCCUGUUGUCAUGGCAUCAACUGCUCAUGGAAUUGAGCCCCAGGAUACCUGUUCCAGAUGGUCAAAGAAAGAACAGACAAAUCCAAGUCCCAAGACCUGCAGUGGUUGCAGAAUAUAA